AUGGCUGAAGAUUCAGAGCUCUGGGACAUUAUAUGCGAUGGACCCUUCGUCCCUACGAAGACCAUUGGUGACCCAGCAGUAACAGUUCCCAAAACAAGAAAAGAAUUCAAUGAUGCUGAUCGCAAGGCCAUAGAAAAGAACUUCCGAGCAAAGAAAAUUCUCGUCUGUGCUCAUGAAGGGACAACUCAAGUCAAGCAGUCAAAGAUUGAUAUGCUUACCACAGAGUACGAGCUCUUCAGGAUGAAGGACAACGAGCCCAUCCAGGACAUGCACAUUCGUUUCACCUCUAUCAUCAAUGAGCUCCAUUCUGUGGGAGAAAUCAUUCCAAGGAACAAAUUGUCCCGAAAAUACUGA